AUGACUGUAGAAGCAACAGAUGCUUCUCGUAUUUCGCGAGCUCAUCGCGCCAUGCCAUGGAAACGCGGCCAAACUACCGGCCAGCAGGACGACCUCAAGUUCAAACUUGGCAAGAGGUUGGGUCAUGGCUCGUUUGGUCAGGUCUUCCUGGCAAGGGAUGUGCAGACCGGCGAAGACCUUGCAGUGAAAGUGGAGCAUCCGGUGGGUAAGCACUCAUCAUUGUCGUUUGAGGCGCGUGUUCUGAAGCGCCUUUGUGCACCAGGCUUUCCAAGAGUUCACUCCUUAGGGAAGGAAGGUUGCUAUCAUCUCCUGGCAAUGGAGUUGCUGGGACCCUCACUGGAGUCGAUCUUUAACAAGUGUGGUCGGAAGUUUGGCCUCAAGACUCUACUGAUGCUGGCCGAGCAGAUGGUUCGACGUCUUGAGUAUGUUCACUCGAAGGGCUAUGUACACCGUGACAUCAAGCCAGAGAAUUUCCUCAUUGGCCGGGGGGAGCGGCGCAAUGUGGUUCAUCUUAUCGACUUCGGCCUCGCAAAGAGAUUGGAGCCUGAGCCGAGGUUUGGGUCGCGCCGCAGCCUCAUCGGCACGGCCCGUUAUGCCUCGAUCUGUGCUCAUGAAGGCGUAGAGCAGGGUUGCAAAGACGACCUGGAGGCUCUGGCCUACGUUCUCAUUUACUUUGCCUUGGGGGAAUUGCCCUGGCAGGGUUUGCAGGCUGAGUCGAAGGAGGAGAAGCAUGAGAAGAUUAUGGAGCUCAAGCGCCAGCUUCCUGCGGAGGAGCUUUGCAAAGGUUGCCACGAUAUCUUCGCGCGCUUCCUCCAAUAUGCACAGGGUCUCAAGUUCCAGGAGAGGCCCGACUACAACUUUGUCUACUCACUCUUUUCAGAAGCCAUGAUUACAGAGGGUUACCAAAACGACGCCCAGUUUGAUUGGCUUGCGUUGCCAGAAAAGAAUGUGAGCUACUCCAAGCAAGAUCCGCCUCAGAAAGGCCGUUCCAAAAGUCGGCGCAAGAGCGACGAGAAAGGGCGGGCACAUAGCCAAAUGAAACGGCAAGUCACGCCCGGUCAGUCAGCGAAGACACUCUGUACUUCAACGAAAGCCUCGUCAAGGGAGCGUGAGACUGUCAAGCCAGGUUUUUUACCAUCUCUCUUUGGAUGUUUCUCAGCUCCAAAGCAAGGAUGA